UUAGAAAAUAUAUGCCAGCGACGGCCAAACUACUUACCGGCUCUCUAGACUCCACCGCGGCAGAAGUGAAACGGCUCCGGCAUUGCAGUUUCCUCUCCUCACUCAGGCACCGUUUCUCCAGACUUCCCUGUCGACUGUCGGCCCACUCCCAGAAAUGUAAUUUGAGGAGGUUGGAAAUUAUCAUCAUACAAAGUUCUCUUUUGCUAAAAGACAAAACCUAAACUAAGAAUCUUGGGAUAAGAGUAUUAAGAUCAAUGGCUAACACGCGAGGCAGGAAGAAAUGUUAUCAAUCAGCUUCAUCUCCUGUCAGAAAGCAAAACAAAGGUAGUAGAGAGAAUCCCCUGGUUGCUGAGAAAGAUGAUGUUGCAGAAGUGGAACGCCCUAUUGCAGCAAUCAGGGCUUUAUCUGAUAUGGAGACUCAACAUUUGUCGAAUGGCUUGCUUCUGCUUAAAUCAAAUUUCACUCAAGAACAACUUCAGCUCCCUCUACUACAGUUUUUCAACGAAAAUCUUCCAAAUUUAAUGUUGACUAAAAAUGAAAAAAAUGGACAGUAUGAAGUUAAGUAUAAAGAUACAGAUAAUGAAUUGAUGAAUCAAACUGAAGAUAGAAACAUACAUGCUUCACUUUUACGCCGAUUAUCCUCAGUUUAUCCCUGCUCUUCUGCUGCUAUGCCAUCUUUUGCCAGCUUUGAUGUUUCUGGAGUUGGUAAUAGCCUUCUUGGUUCUGACAACAUGUUGAUGGAGGAUUUUGUUCCAGAGAAGCAUAAUACUCACAUGCUUGGAUUACAAGAAGCUCUUCAAACUCCAGGGGCAACCAGCCACAGAUUGUCUGUUGGAAUGACUCCAAAAUCCCGUAGGCUCCCAAAGCUUGGUGAGAUGCUUCUCUCUGUUCAUGGCUCACCGCUGGGUGUCUAUAAUGACGAUGUCAUGGAAGCCAUACAAGAAUCAGAAGAAGGUUGAGAAACAAGUUCAUUUGGCUGGGAGAGUAGGUGUGUGGCCCAAGCCUCCUUCGGCUCAAGGUUAAACCAGGGUAUGGAGAAUGUGGACUAGUAAUUUGUGAAUCAAGAUUUCUUUUCUUUUCAAGUUAAUUAAAAUUAUGGUAAAACCUCCAAAUUACAAAGAUACCAAGGGAGCCCUAUAUAUAGUCCUAGUUAACUUUGGAAAAGUAAAAGUUCUUUGUCUUGAAA